CUAUUGACUUAUCAGUAUAAUGGUCAUGCAGUCUGAAAAGUCUGUAUGUGAAUAGCUUAUAUGCUAUGCUCCAUUAUUGUUCAAAUAUUUAAGCAGUUAAGAAUUUGUGAUGAUAUGACUCACUAAUGAAGAACUUGGAGUUCCUACAUGUAAGUCAUGCUCCAAGGGGCAUGCCUUUUAAUUCGAAUCCAGGACUGGUGCUGAACAUGUUUUAUUUUAUGCACUUAAACCUCCCUCUAGGUGAUGGAACAUGCCUCAGAGUGGAAUUCUGAUAUUUCCCCUUUUCUGUGUCUCUGAGUCCUCCUUCCUGAGAAACAAGACUUUUCACUCUUCCGAGUGAUUCUGUGUUUCCUUCUUUUGGUGCCAAUCACCUUUCUGUUCUGGGUGAUUCCGAACCCUCCCAUUGAAACUGAGACCAAGUCCUCCAUCUUGUUGGUGACCCAGAUCUCUUCCUUUUCUGUGUGACACUGGACACUACUGUAUUUGCAUUUUAGCAGAGAACUGACGAGUUUAGGAUCAGAGACAGAAUGUGACAAUCCAUGUCAUCUGUGCAGAGGACAGACUAACCUGAAAGAGCCAGAGAGGAUUCACUGAACUUUGCCGUACAACAUAUUAAAUUGGGCAGAGACAAGAGACAGGUACAGUGAAGCAACAGGUAGAGAGGAUAGAUUCACAGAGAAAUAUUUUAAACCAGGAAGGAGAUUAUAUACAUCAACAGAAAGAAUAAAGAUCAGUGCUAAUUGCUGCCAUGUUGGGGUUCGCUGAGGGUGUGUUCCUGGUUCUGUCUGUUACUGAAUUCAUUCUGGGCCUCCUUGGGAAUGGUUUCAUUGGGUUUGUCAAUGGUAGCAGCUGGUUCAAGAACAAGAGAAUCUCUUUGUCUGAUUUCAUCAUCACCAUCCUGGCUCUCUCGGGUAUUGUUCUGCUGUGGAUUCUCUUCACUGAUGGUCUUCUAAUAGUCUCCUCUUCCAAUGUACGUGAUUCAGGGAUAGUAAUGCAGAUUAUUGAUAUUUUCUGGGCAUUUACAAACCACCUGAACAUUUGGUUUGCCACCUGUCUCAGUGUCCUUUACUGCCUGAAAAUUGCCAGCUUCUCCCACUCCACAUUCCUUUGGCUCAAGUGGAGAGUUUCCAAGGUGGUCGUGUGGAUGCUAUUGGGUGCAUUGCUCUUAUCCUGUGGUUGUACCAUCUCUCUGUUCAAUGAAUUUAAGAUCUAUUCUGCACUCAGAGGACUUGAUGGAACAGGGAAUGUGACUGAGCGCUUCAGAAAGAAGAGAGAUGAAUAUUAUCUGAUGCAUGUUCUUGGGACUUUGUGGAACCUCCCUCCCUUACUUGUGUCCCUGGCCUCCUACCUUCUACUCCUCCUCUCCCUGGGGAGGCACACGCGGCAGAUGCAGCAAAACGGCACAAGCGUCAGAGAUCCAAGCACCGAGGCCCACAAGAGGGCCAUCAAAAUCAUCCUUUCCCUUUUCUUUCUCUUUCUAUUUUACUUUCUUUUCUUUUCCCUGGCAUCAGCCAGUUAUUUCCUACCAAAUACUAAGGGGGCUAUAAUGAUUUGUGAAAUAAUUGUAAUGUUUUAUCCUGCUGGCCGCUCAUUUAUUCUCAUUCUGGGAAACAAAAAGCUGAAGCAGACAUUUGUGGAGAUGCUCCAAUGUCAGUCUGGUCAUCUGAAGCCUGGAUCCAAGGGACCCUUUUCCCCAUAGAGUAGUAGAGGUAAUGGGGUGGAGCCCAGGAAUUCUUCAGCCUGGCCCAAGACUACAGGACUCUUUCUGACCACCCAUGGUACCAGUUCUGUAACAUCAGUAGGAGAGAAAUACUGACUGCUUUGCCCCUGGUCCCACAUGGGGACCCAUUCCAAAUGAAAGCCACAUUUCUCAUGAUCUCUCUUUGUGGUUGUUUUGUGGGGAGGGGGUGGUAAGGAAUAAAGUAGUCUUCAGAAGUGUCAGGAUAGUAGGAACACUCUCACUAUAUAGACAUGGAGCUGUAAGUUAAUAAUCAUCAGCUCACCAUAAUGAGUCUGAUUACUAGUUUCUUAAAUUUGAUACUAACAGUGAUAAACUGAUAUAAAUAAAAUUAUGUGGUAGACUUGAGGGAAAGGGCCAAAUCUUUGCAGUCCUGUAGAUGUGGGUUUGAAUUCUGAUUCCGUCAAUUUUCCAAGAUUUUUGGCCUCAAGUGAGUUACUUUAAUACCUGUAUGAUCCUCUCUUCCCCUCAUCUUAAAAUAUGGACUGUAACAUAGACUUCACAGGUUAUUAGAGAUUCAUAAGAUAAUGUAUUCUGACAUUUUAGCAGUGUUUUGUAUAAAGUACUCAGUAAGUGAAGGCUAUUAUUGCAACUAAUAUUGAGUUAUACAGCAACAGCAAUUCCCAUAGGAUUCCAGUUUCCACAAACCCAUUGUGCAAUGACAAAAAUAGUGGAAUGAAAAUCAGGAACCUUGGAUUCCA